AUGGAUGUGUAUGUCCAGAUCACGGGCCUGGACUCAGGAAAGACGCGCGGAGUCAAGGCGCUACUCGAUAGUGGCUGUAGCACCUGCUGCAUUGAUACCGACUACGCGCGGGCAGAGAAGCUGGAUAUCCAAGAACUUCCCCAACCCAUUGUGGCUCGUAACGCCGACAACACCGAGAACAUCAGCGGUCGGAUCACGCAUUACGUCGACCUAAGGAUGAGAAUCGGUCCUCACGUGGAGACACGCACGUUCCUUCUGACGUGUUUAGGGAAAGCUCGGAUCUUCAUCGGUCUUGAUUGGCUGACGGAACACAACCCCGAGGUGGAUUGGCAGGAGCAGACGAUGAGGUUCAGUCGAUGCCCAGAGCGGUGUCACAUGAGGGGUCACGAGGAGCAUCAAGCAAUGAUCGACAUGGAUGCGAUUGACCUGGACGCAGGUGCACCGGAUCUGGAAGAGGGAGAGUCAAUCCUGUUGAUCGACUUUGGGAAGGAGGUGGAUCUACGGUUGAAGGAAACGCCGGCGCAGAAAUUCGCAGAAGAAGCGGAAAAAGAGAAGGAGAGAAUGACCGAGGGGAAGAUUCCGGAUCAAUAUCGGGAAUUUGUCAAAGUAUUUGCCAAGGAAUCGUUCGACUCGCUACCAGACCGACGGGCAUGGGACCAUGCAAUCGAGCUCAAACCUGGUUCCAAAGCAGUGGACUGCAAGGUGUACCCGUUAUCAUGA